AAUUCGCCAACUCAAAAGAAAUUCCCCCCCAAAAGCCCGCACCCCCCAUCGUUUUCCCCAACGUUUCCAACGCCGGAACCCUAGCUCCACCACCCUGUGGUCACCCAAAGCCCCCCCGGUCCCAUGGGCGCCAGCGGCGGGGCCGUCCUCAAGUCGCCCGCGACGGAGGACGAGACAUUGGCGCGGAAGCGCUCCCGCCGCGUGAGCUUCGCGGACACCACCGCCGUGCACGUGUUCGACCGCGACGAGGACUUCGAGACGCCCCCGGACGAGCGGCCCUCCUCCCCCUCCCCCUCCGCCGGGAGGCCCCGCGCGGGCGGCGCGGCGGAGGGCGACGAGACGGAGGGAGAGGACGAGUCACCGUUCGGUUGGCUCGGGAAUGUGGGUGUCAGUUCCGCCUCCCCCGUCAGCGCCGCCGGGUCCAUCUCCUCCUUCGAAGGAGAUGAAAACUUCUUCGGGGUCGUGUCAGCAAGUUUUAUUCAAUCGGGGAGACCAUCAGAUUCUGGAAUGUCGGAGGACAAUGGCCAUGAUUUAACUUUAGAUUCCCACACGUUUUCUUUGCAUUUCAACAAUGUUAUUCCUCCAGAUGAUUGUUCACUCCACUCAGCUGGAAGUCUAAGGACAAUCGGUUCGGAAUCUGCAACACCGCUAAAGGCACUGAAGGGAUCAGAGUCUGUAAAAUCGAGUGGUGGCCCGGAUGCAUUGACUGACAUGAGUUUGUGUGCGGAAAACCCUAAACGUUAUGAUUAUACUAACUUGUCUCCCACAUUGAACAAUUUACUGCAAGAGGUCGAGGAACCAACGUCUCCUAAAGAUGAAACGAACUUUAUAACUGCCAAGCAUGCUUUGACACUGCCUACAUCUGAGAAAGAACACAGGCAAGAAAAGUCAUAUAUUGGCAAUGGUGUGUCUUCUGAUGAGCUGGGCUCCGCUAGUUCUCUUCAGGAGCACAUUACUAGUAGCUCUGAUCCGACCGGAAAAGACAAUGCAAUGGUAGUUGAUGUUCAUCAUAAAUCUCAGAUCAGUUUGCAGGAGCAGUUGCACCAGCAAAGUGAAAUCUUGAAUUUGGAAACUGUUUUACAUACUCCGAAAACACUAGUUCAGCCGUUGCAAAUUACACAAUGUUCUGCAUCUUCCAUACGCUCCAAAGUGCGGCAAAUCUAUGUGGGAAGUGAGCUUAUGAAACAUGGUAAGGGAAUUUCAGAUCUCGCUCAUGCACUAAAGUUCAAGCUUCAUGAAUCACCUGCAACUCAUAAUCGUCGAUUACCGUUAGAAGAGCCGAGUGAGGCCACUGAGGUUCAGGAUACUCAGUGCAAUGUCCUUGCUUUAGGUAGCCUAGCGAAUCAUGGAUGCAAUUCUCAUAUGGAUGUAGAUGGCAGUGGAAGAAAAAGGAACUCUAAAGAAAAUGUCUGUGCUGAACAUUCAUUGCCUGAAAAAAGAGCAAAGGGACCUAGAAGCCCAAUAACAUCACAAAAACAACUUCCCUGUGUAUCGUUGUCUUCUCGUAUGGCAGAAGAAAAUCAGAGUGAGGCUCAUGAUAGUGCACAAUCAUUAAGUGAUGAUUGGAAGAAGGUAGUAUUCAGUGUAUCUGAUUCCAUGAAGCAGAUGCAUAUAUGCCCAGAAUCUAUUAGUAAGCUUAACCUACAACAGCUUGAUGAAUUAGGAGGUAUGCUGGAGAAGAUUCAUGUGGCUAGAACAUAUAGGAGGCUUGCUGCUGCUGGGAGGAUUCAAGAUCCCAGGCUAGCUGAGGCAAUGUCUCUCCAUGGCAAGCUUUCAUAUGAAAAGGCAAAACAGCAAAUAAAUCGUGUUAAACUUGAUAAGCUGCGAAACAAAGCACAACUAUGUCAAGUUGGAAUUCAAGAAUGCCGCUAUCUGAAAUCCAAGAUUUCACAGCUUCGUCGUCAUACAAUGGGUGCUGCACAGAUGAAGGGAGGUCCUCUUUAUGCAGAAACUUCGAUUAAUACCUGUGACAGACUGGAAAGAAAUGCUAGGAUAACUGAAAAGAAGCUUGUACUCAGCACGAUUCAGCAGAAGGUGGAGGACCUCAAGAUUUCGCUUGAAAUUUUUUGCAACAUUAAAGGUGAUAUUAAUGAAGUCCUCAGGGCUGCGGAAGAGCAAUUGAAGAUGAGAAAUCAGUGUCGUAUCAUCAACCAGCAAGCAACGCUCUGGGAGUUGAGUGACAUUGUUAAAAGGGAAAAUAAGCGUGAUGUCAUUCUCAACUAUCGCAAUUUGCUCUUACAAAGGAUCAUCUUAAACAUCAGCGAUAUGUCAACCAUAUUUGUGAAUAACUCACUGAUGGGAACCAAAAUAGAACAGGCAUUUCCAAAUGUGAAAGCAACUGUGGCAUUCAGUUUUGUUUUCAAAGCUGAGGAGAAUCAAAGAUUUAGCGACUUACGAUCCUUGCAGAAGAAGACAAUGGAAACAAGUUUGCUUCUCGCUAAUCUUAUUGAUGUCCUGGAAGAAAUUGAGGAUGCUAGAGGGGAAUUAUUGAAUUUGAUCUCUGCAGAUUUUAGUGUGGACUCCCAGACAGGGCAUCUCAUCUUUGGUCUUCGCUUCAUCAGUUACAAGAGCGCCAAGAGGGUUGCUUUCACCAUUGAUAUGACAGACCUGAGCCGCGCGGUGUACCCUUCUGAGCCAUCGGAGCUGCUGAUCAAGGUGUGCCAAGCUCAGACAACGCUCUCACAGCCAAGCCUCGACCAGCUGACAGCCUCCAUAAGGGAUGAUCUUCAACCGGGGCGAGUGAUGAUCCUCAGGCUAUGCCAGAUGGUAUCCCGGCUGGUUAACACAUUGCCAGACUGACCUUUGCCUGCCAGACUGCCGAGUGCAGCUGUGCAUGAAAUCUGAUGGGAUAGCUCAUACCGCUCUCAGAGCUGACCCUCUUCCUGAACGAUCUUGAGUAGGCAUUGUGCUGCAAAUGGAGUGCUCAUAAUCCUCCUGGUUGUUUGAGCAUCUUGCACGUAAGGGUUUCUUUGCAUGCUGAAUGAAUGGCACCUGACGUGCUGCCAAGUGAAAGCUGCCGUGAUAUGCUCCCUCCGUCCUAAAAUUGUCCUAAAAUAAGCGUCUUAAGCUUAGUACAAUUUUAUACUAGAAUCAGUACAAAGUUGAGACAGUUAUUUUGGUACGGAGGGAGUAUAUAACUAGGGUCGAAAAAAGCGACGUGAGAGAGUCCGUCUGAUUUUCGUUGUUCAUUUGGAUUAAAGUAUUGAAUAUAUAUUUAUGCAUA